CAGCUUCAACUCGCAUGACACUUUGAGUUCGCAAACGUUUCACAGUCAUAUGACGGCGGUCAGGUCCUCCAAACACUACGUUACGAUUCUAGUGGUGAAAAACAUUGCAAACAACCAAAACCAACACAGACCUGUUUAAUCCAGCAUCAAAAUGUUGACACUUUUUAACCGCCUCCUGGACUGGUUUAAGUCUCUCUUCUGGAAGGAAGAAAUGGAGUUAACACUCGUCGGGCUGCAGUAUUCGGGGAAAACGACGUUUGUUAACGUAAUCGCGUCUGGCCAGUUCAGCGAAGACAUGAUUCCAACUGUCGGGUUCAACAUGAGGAAGGUCACAAAAGGCAACGUCACCAUCAAGAUCUGGGAUAUAGGAGGUCAGCCGAGGUUCAGGAGCAUGUGGGAGCGAUACUGUCGUGGGGUGAAUGCAAUAGUGUACAUGGUGGACGCAGCAGACCAGGAGAAGGUUGAAGCUUCCAGAAACGAGCUGCACAAUCUUUUAGACAAGCCACAGUUACAAGGAAUCCCUGUGUUGGUGCUCGGGAAUAAGAGAGAUCUACCUAAUGCGUUGGAUGAGAAACAGCUAAUUGAAAAAAUGAACUUGGCUGCUAUUCAAGACCGGGAGAUCUGCUGCUACUCUAUUUCCUGCAAAGAGAAAGAUAACAUUGACAUUACACUUCAAUGGCUAAUCCAGCACUCAAAGUCAAGAAGAAGCUGAAAGUGUCUUCAGAGGGUCCAAGUUUAUCCGCUGCCAUGUUACUCUCACACCACAUCUUGCUCACUUUGUGAAACUGUACAGUUCUCCAUACCGCCCCCUCACACUACCCUGCUCGUCUGUUCCCAUAAUUCUUCACAAGCUCCUCCUCCCAACUGCAUCAGUUAUGUCAAAGAUAAAUCAGUCGCUAAAAGAUGCUAGUCUGCAGAAUUAGUUCCUCCACCUCUUACAGCCUGCUGUCAGAUGAACAUUAUGGAUUCAUGGUUUUGCAAAUCCAAGCAGCUCCGGUGGUCUCCACUUGGGGUUUCCUGAACAAAUCUAUUUAAAAACUGAGAA